AUGAACAACCCAGAGCUUCAAAUCUCUGAUGCCGAUGCACACGAGUGCCAGGUCCUCCAGAAGGAGGAGUUUGACGUUUUAGAGUCAAUUUAUCCUGAAUGUAUUUCUAGUCAGAUAACGGAAGGCACACUCAAAUUGGAAAUCCCCAUUGAGUUUGAGGAACCUCGAAAUGUCAAUCUCACAAAAGAUUGCCCAUCGUCGCCCACGACGAUGUCUUGUGAUAGACCAAGCGAGAGCGUCACACUAUCGACAUUGCCAUCGCUCUUGAUUGAGCUAACCCUUCCUCCGUCUUACCCUCUUUAUCGGCCACCCCAACUCGUAUCUAUUCGCGCAACACAUUUUUGGCUAGCACGCAUUCCAUUAUUGCAUAAUGCCCUUACGAAUAUGUGGAACCCAGGAGAAGGUGCUCUUUACCAAUGGGUCGAAUUCUUGCGUACGGGAGACUUUCUCCAAAAUUUAGAUUUAGUAUCCUCGAUCGACAUGUCCAUCCAACUUUCACAUCCAUCUCCCCAUAUCCUCGCACCUUUAUUAAUUGCGUACGACACUUCCUCAAAAUCAUCGCACUUUUCUCAGAAUUCUUAUCCAUGCUCUAUCUGUCUUACAUCCCUAAAAGGUUCCAAGUGUUUGGAGUUGACAUGUGGCCAUAUUUUUUGUCGGACAUGCCUGGAGGACUUUUGGAAAAUGUGCAUUGAGGAAGGCGAUGUUGGGAGAGUGGGAUGUCCGGACCCGGAUUGCGUUAAGGCAGGAAGGGAGGCUGUCGAGGUAGAGGUGGCCAGGGUGGUCACUGAUGCAGGAGUUAAACGCUGGAGGUGGCUGCGAGAAAAAAGAAACCUCGACAAAGACCCGACAAUCAUUCAUUGUCCAGUGGCUGCUUGUCAGGCGCCUGUUAUGAAGCCUACAGAUGUUGACCAAGAGUCAGGAUGGGGCCGCCUAAGACAGUGUUCCCAGUGUUUCUUUUCGUUCUGCGCAUUUUGUCGGCGGACGUGGCACGGACCGAUCACACCAUGUACGAUUGCGCACUCGGAGAAGCUAGUUCUGGAAUAUCUCGCUGCGGAAGAAGGAUCUGCGGAGCGGCAUACAAUUGAGAAACGUUUCGGACGAGCCAAUGUGCAGAAGCUUGUCUUAACCUAUGAGGAAGAGAAGGCGAACAAGGAGUGGCUUCACGCGUCGACGAUGGAGUGUCCUGGUUGUCAAUGUCAUGUCGAGAAAAGCCUGGGAUGCAACCAUAUGACAUGCUGGAAGUGCCGCCAACACUUUUGCUACCGAUGCGGUGAGAGACUAGCGCCAUCCGACCCUUACACACAUUUCUCGAUAGCGGGAAAGCCGUGUUACAACAAACUAUUCGACUUUCAGGCUGAGGAUGCGGACUGGCAACCAGUGGAGGGGUUCGAAAUGAUAUGA